AUGCCAUCGCGGAUAGUGAAGCAGGCGAAGCGAAGCAAGGGCGGGCCCGAAGCUUUGCCAAGCGCUCCGGAGGAGCAAGACGUGAGAACGGUGACGGUCACCCGGGAUAACAUCAAGAAAGAGAUGACGAUGCAGGAGAUGCUCGCUUGCCGGAAUGAGCUCGACGAUGUAGCGCAGGAGCUCCUAGCAGAUAACCAGGAGGAGAGGCGUCGGGGAAAAGCAGACGCCUUAGCCAAGCGUAUGAAGGAGGUGGUCGGCGAAUACGUGGAAAUUUGCCGGCCCGAAAAAAGAGCGGACCUGAAGCUGACCGGACUCGACGAGUCCGUGACGCCGAAGGAGCUCAAGGAGGCGAUAGCCAGAGAGGGAGGAUGCGCGGAGAGCGAAAUCUCAUCGGGGGGAGAGCACCCAAGUCCAGGAGGGAUGAGGGGGAUCCUCGUACGGUGUCCCACAUGGGCCGCGAGGAAGUUGGUGGAGAAAGGAAGGCUUAAAGGUGGGCUGGAGCUCAGCGAGGGUGACAGUCCUCAGCCGGCUCGUGCACUGUUUCCGGUGCAUGGGCAAAGGGCACGCGGCUGCGCGAUGCCCGGCGCAGGAGGACCGGAGCACUCUGUGCUACAGGUGACCCGCCCUAUGAAAUUGGCGGAUAUCCGGGUGUCGGGUCUCGAUGACACUGUGACACCCGAGGAAGUCAGCGCGGCCCUGGCCCAAAAAGCCGGCUACCCCCCCGAAACCAUCAGGGUGGGGGCAAUAUCCGCCGGCGUCAGGGGGAUCGGCUCCGCCAUCGCCUCCUGCCCAGUGGAGGCCGUGGGCAGGCUGGUGAAGGAUGGGAGGCUGGAGGAGGAGGCUAUGCCAUCGCGCAUAGUAACGAAGGCGAAACGGGGGAAGAGCAAGCGCAAGCGGAAGGCUGCGCCAUGCAAUUCCGAGGAGUCCCAAGACUCGGAGGCAGACGCUUUAGCCAAGCGUAUGGAGGAGGUGGUUGGCGAAUACGUGGAGAUUUGCCGGCCAGAAAAAAAAGCGGACCUGAAGCUGACCGGACUCGACGAGUCCGUGACGCUGAAGGAGAUCAAGGAGGAGAUAGCCAGAGAGGGAGGAUGUGCGGAGAGCGAGCGGAAAUCUCAUCUGGGGGAGAGCACCCAAGUCCGGGAGGGAUGA